CCACCAAGGAAUGUGCAGCUCAAGUCAAGACGACCGUUUAACAAGAUAUGCGGAACCUAUACUUAAAUCAAACAACACACUUGCUUACCCUAGCUAGGAGUGCUAAUAUGAUCGUCAGUGUGCUACGAGGUCCAGUGGCACAAACAAGCAAGAUACGAUCAAUAUGCGUUUAAUAUUAACAGCGCUGCUGGUAGCAUGCGCGUACGCAACCCCUCAGUACACGAAGACUGCGGGCGUUAAGGGAGGGUACGGAGGACAUGGCUACCAUCAUGAGGGACAGAAUCUAAUCAAUAACUAUUACAACAAUGCGAGCCAUCAUCAAGGAUAUGGAGGAUACGGACACACCACGAAUUUGACAGGAUCCGUCAACUACGAGAUAGGAGUCUGCUACAUCGAAGUGCCAACAGCCACUCUGGUUAAAGACCCAACUCAUGUUCCUGCUGGCAAUGGGUCGCGUCCAGACUUGAGUCGCAUCAGGAGUUGCUGUAGUGGCUACAUCAGGAACAUUCACAACUACCGCAUCUGUGACCCAGUGUGCAACCAGGAGUGUGUGAAUGGACUCUGCAGUGCACCCAACACCUGCACCUGCUUCCCAGACCAUGUGAAGAACUUGGCUGGUUUCUGCAUAGCCACGUGUCCCAUUGGAUGCCAGAAUGGACAGUGUUCUGGUGGUGAAUGCAUCUGCAAAGAUGGCUACCGACUGGAUUCGGAAGGCAAAUUCUGUGUUCCGUACUGCAGGGAGCAGUGCGGUGGUCCUGGUAGAGGAAACUGCACAGCUCCAAACACCUGUGAAUGCCAGCCUGGCUACAGGUCUACUCCCGAAGGGUCCUGCACGCCUUCCUGCGACCAUUGCAAAGACGGCCAGUGUGUAGGACCUAAUGACUGCCGCUGUUCUUCUGGUUACACCAAGGACCAGCAUGGCGACUGCAUCCCACAGUGCUCCAGUCCGUGCUCACCACCAAAACGCUGUGUUGCUCCCAACGUAUGCGGGGACCCUUCAAGCCCCUCCGCCUACAACAACACAGGCUCUGGCUCUCCUUACGGCAGACCACCAACUUACAAUCCCGGCCAAAACCCGAACAACCCUUACGGUCAACAGCCCCAGAACCCUAACUAUCCCGGUUAUCACCAACCUAAUUACCCUGGCAACCAACAACCUUACAACCCGAGUAACCCAUCGAAUACUCCCGGUCAACAACAACACACCUACCCUAGUAGUCCACGUCCUCCCGGAAGCCAACAAAACAAUCAUCCUACUAAUCCUUCUUACUACCCUGGCAGUCAACCAUCUAACUACCCGGGUAGCCAGCCGUCUAAUUACCCAGGUUAUCAACCGUCCAACUACCCUGGUAGUCAACCAUCCAACUACCCAGGUAGCCAACCAUCUAACUACCCAGGUUAUCAACCGCCACCGACGUAUCCGGGAAGUGCCCAAUACCCCGGUUACCCAUACCCUGGUAACCAAGUAUCCAAUCAAACCAGUCCUGGACACAACCAACCAGGAGUUCCUCCUUCGAGCAAUCAGCAACCGUCCCCUUACGGACAAAGGCCGGUAAACCCACCGGGUCAACCUAUUUACACGCACAUUCCUAAUAACCCUCAGCCUCUGUACCCUGACAGUCAACAUUUAGGUCCAGACCACCGCCCUAAUCCCGCUUACCCUUCGUCCAAUUCUACUCAAGGAGGUCCUAUUGGGCCAGGCUACCCCAAUCAAUACGUCCCUAUAAAUCAGUACUACCCAGAUCAAAGACCCAAUCCUAGUCUGCAACCUUAUCAGAGGCCAAAUAAUGCUGAGCCUUACUACCCUAACAGUCAGUAUUACCCGAACUACAACCAGCACUCCUACAACCAAGAGUCGGUGUACCAGCAGAACAUCUACCAGGAGAACCAGAUGUCCGCCGUGGAGCUCUUGUGUGCCAUACCAUGUGUUAAUGGAACCUGUGUCGGACGAGAUGUGUGUUCCUGCAACACUGGAUACGUGCCUAUUGCUGGAGAUACGUCUAGGUGCGAACCAUACUGCUCUGGCUGUACCAAUGGAGUAUGUGUAUCUCCCUAUGUGUGCCAGUGUCACGAGGGAUUUUAUAAGGACUUCAGCGUAAAAGGGAGGACAAAAUGUGUGCGACGCAUCAGACGGUCCGUUGAUGAAACGUCAGCACCGUUAAACAUCGCCGAGCUGCUGGUGUUUGAGAUUCCGGACGAUUAUGACAAUUAAUAAAUGAUUUAUUUUAUUGUGA